AAAUGAGUUUUUCCUAUCAGAACGUAAUAGGAGAUAGAGAGAUUUAGGGUAUACACUCGACAUCCGGGUAAUCAUACCACGACAAGGGCUGAUAUUUAGGGUUACCUUGUAAAUCAUGGAAAUCGUCAGGUUAAGUGAAGAUUCGUCUUUCCAGGUCCAGGUGUGUACCUGAGCUGAUGACAACAUUGAUUCUCUCAUUAGGCAGUAGAAAUUCCGUUAUCAGUUAAUACUUAAGAUAAAGCAUUUUGUAAUAUGUUGAUCCAUUCGUCUUCUUAGUUUGGAAAAUAUUGUAUUCAUUGGAAAUUUUCCUGGCUGUGCAAGAAAAUAUGUCAGUCAAACAUUGAAUUUCCUCGACGGUCAGAACUACAAUAAAAACUGGACAUCUGUUUUAUCAUUUGAGUAAUUAGUGUGAUUUGGAAGGCGUCAUCACGAUGAAUGUUGAGUUGAAGUCACUCGAGAUGAAAUCUUCUAACGGAGGUGAAAUCAAUCAUGGAUAUACUCACACGGAAAACGAUGACCGGAAACAUACAGAACCAACUAAAGUAUCUCAGAUUGAAAUAUCAGUCACCCAAGACAAAGAAGACGAAGAACACCUUACCGGAUGUGCUAAGGUGGCAAAUAAAAUCCAAACAGCAGUCGGUGUUAUUUUCAGCAAAUAUGGCAGCAAAAUUAAACUGGUUAUUAAACUAGUUCUCCUGCUGUUGUAUUUCGCUUACCUCGGUUACGCCAUGUACUACAGGUUUGGGGACGAGGGUUCGAUCCGACUUCUGGUUUGCUCGAUAAUAGGAGUGAUAUUCCUCUUGAUUCAUAUUUUCCAACGUCUGUGUGAAUCUAGCAUCGGUACAUUCUGUCAGAGAAUUGGGUCAACCUGUAAAGGGCUCAAGAAGACAAGGCGAUAUGUACACCGGUUCUUAAUGUUUGCCGUGUUUGUUUUCCUGACAGCCUACAUCAUUGUUGAUGUUCUUUUGGAUUAUCCAGAAAACGCUGUAUCCAUUGCCGGUCUUGCAAUCUACAUCAUUCUGUUCUAUGUGUUUUCUAAAAAUCCCGCAAAGAUAAACUGGAGACCUGUGUUCUGGGGAUUUGCCAUACAAUACAUUUUUGCCCUCAUCAUUUUGAGAACACAAUGGGGAUACGGGGCGUUUCAAUGGCUAGGAGACAGAAUCACAGAAUUUCUCAAUUAUUCAAACGCUGGAGCCAUAUUUGUGUUUGGUGAACUGUACACCAAUCACUUCUUUGCAUUUAAGGUGCUUCCGGUGGUGGUCUUCUUCUAUACAGUGACAUCUGUCCUCUAUUACCUUGGGGUCAUGCAGGUCGUUGUUAAGAGAAUGGGAAUGUUUCUGUCAUUCUGUCUGGGGACCACACCAGCUGAGUCCCUCAACGCCGCAGGAAACAUCUUUGUUGGCAUGACUGAGGCUCCAUUGAUGAUUCAGCCGUUCUUAGAAGACAUGACAAAAUCAGAACUUCACGCCGUGCUGACAGGAGGAUUUGCCACCAUUGCUGGAUCUGUUCUCGGGGCAUAUAUAAACUUUGGUGUUCCCGCUAACCACCUGAUCUCCGCCUCCGUGAUGUCUGCUCCAGCCGCUUUAGCCAUUUCCAAACUAGCUUACCCGGAGACAGAGCGGUCAAAGACCAAAUCAAACGACUACGAUAAGAUGGGAAAAUCAACGGAUAGAAACGUGAUAGAAGCCAUAUCUUCAGGGGCAGGCAACUCGGUCAAGGUUGUGGCCGCCAUUGCAGUAAAUGUCAUGGCCUUCCUAUGUGUCCUAGAGUUUGUCAACAUGACUCUGACGUGGUUUGGAGACCGUGUUGGUGUAGAACACCUGUCUUUUCAGUUAAUAUGUUCCUACGUGUUCUACCCGAUCGCCUUCUUCAUGGGGACGGAAGUGCCGGACUGUCGUAGAGUGGCGGAACUUAUUGGAAUCAAAACCUUUACAAAUGAGUUUGUGGCCUACACAGAACUGUCUCAUCUCAUUGAAAACAAGAAGAACUUUACGGACUACACGGCUCAUUGGAAUUCGUCUUCCGACUGGUAUUAUCAAGGAGAGGACAUCAUUCUACCAUACGUCAACCAGACACUUAAGAAUGGAAUAAUCUCGGCCAAAUCCGAAGUGAUAGCGACGUAUGCGUUGUGUGGUUUCUCUAACUUUGGCUCCAUGGGGAUAUUCCUUGGUGGAAUGUCAGCGUUGGUUCCCUCCCGUCGGGGGGAUCUAUCAAAACUGGUCCUGAGGGCCAUGAUAGCUGGCAAUGUGGCCUGUUUCUUAACAGGAUGCAUAGCAGGACUUCUGUAUAAAGACUAUGGAUCAACAUAGGCAAAUUUGGUUGUGCAAGAUUCAUCGAUAUCACCAUUUCUUGAUUUCAAACCCGCAAGCAGUCCCAAAAUAUCUUAAAUGCUUUCUUCAUCAUACCCUUAAAAGAAGUUACAUUUGAAAAUCGAAAUAUGACACUUUUUUGCUCUUAAUUGCAUAUCAUCAUAUAGAAUAGAGGGGACAUAUUGUUUACCACCUAUCAGUCGAAAUGUUGCCCGAUCCGCUCAGUAUCUUGGGAACCCAUUCAUUCAACUUUGCAUACUGGUACUCACUGAGGAGUUGAUGAGUCCUAUUGAUUUUGAGAUCUCAAUGUCAAAGGUCAGGGUCAAACGACUCCGGGCAUAAAACAAAUUUCCUCUACUCAAUAUUUUGAGAACCCUUUGCUUGACAGACUUUAAACAUGGCAUGCAUGUAAACCCUACCAUAUAGCUAAUCGCCAAGAUCUCUCUAAUUUGUAUUGCUUAUAGUGAUAAUGAUAAUGGUCGCUGUUCGUUGUCUUCGCCUUUCAUCGUAAGGUCGAAUAUCUGAUGUCAAACUGUUCUACAGAGAACAAAAAAAUGUCAACUCAAUAUUUUGAAAACACUCUGUUGGAUAGAUUUUAAGUUUGGUACACUGUUACCCCUUAGGAGUAGAUGGUUCAUAUUGAUUUUAGGUUUACAUGUCAAAGGACAUGGGUCAAACUACUCCAAAUAUUAUAUAUAUAUACGUCUAGCUAGGUAAACUGGUAUCUCCAAUUUGUCGUUAGAGAUAAUCUAAAUUCACAGUUGACACUUCAAUCAUGCAUACGGGUAAUAUCUUUCUAAAAUAUUCGAUAAUUUCCACUAUAUAUGCGUUAUCUAUGUAGGUAGGAACUUCCUUAAGAUGAUGAAUAUUCUUAUCAUCUACAAUUAUUGUGUGCUGAAAAUUGGUUUUGCAAUAAAAAUUGACAUCUAUAAAAUGGGUAUAUAUUACAUAGACGUCGAAAGCAAAUUGAAAGGGGGUGGGUAGGGAUAAACCAACAAAAAAGUUUCUAAGUCGAGUAUACACACACAAGCUACUUCCUAUUGACAAUUGAAUUCAUAUACAAAUUGAAACUGAAACCACAGUACUUGAGUGAAUUGCAGGAAUUGGCUAUUGACUCAUCAAAAUGUCACAACUUUUCAGUUCUUUCAUUAGAAUUUUCCAAAGCUGGAUAGUCUGGGUUCAUUCUCGCUAACAAAUUCAUUUGCGACGCCCCGUAGAUCCAGAUUCUCCGUCUCUUCUUGAUAUACGUGAAGGAUCAUCAGGUUAUUUAGUCUAACUUGGGUCUUAGUUAAUAGCAGAUACGAUUUGAUGCGGCGCAGUGUGUUGAACAUUCUUUCGCUGGUAGCAUUUGUUGCUGGCCUUAAACGGAAAAGUUCAAUCAAAACUGCAAUUUCUCUAUAUAGUAAUAUGCCUUCUGUUUUGAUGAAUUCAGUUAUUGUCUGAAUGGAAGGAGUGAUGUCUUUGGGGAGAUUGCACCUGAGUGUUUGAAAUUGAAUUCUCAAAUUUUUGGCAUUGAUAUUUCUACGGUAAAACUUUAUGACCAAGUAAAAUUCCUGAUCAAAAUUUUCUCCUCUAGCCCACUUUAACAAUAACAAAUCCAGCUGCAUAUAUUUGGCAUAUACUGGCUGAUCAAAACUAUUUCUAAUGUCAUUCACAAGUAAAUACAUUGCCUCAAAAUAUUUAACUCCGUACAAAUCUUCGCAAGUAUCGUGGUGAUACAGAAAUCCUUCGUUAAAAUUUUUCGCAGGAUGUCUUCGACGAGUCACUACAGGACCAUCAAUAUCAAAAUAUAUUUUGGCAUCCUCAUAGAAUCACAGGAAACUUCGUAUGUUCUAAGAGGCUCCACAGAUUUCACCGUGCUGACAGCCAUUUUCUGACCUUCUGCAGCAGAUAAAGUUUUUGUCUGAAGGGCUGUGCUAAGAAUAUCGAUAUGACUGAGCAACUGUUCACCCAACAGACAACCAAAGAGGAAGUCAAAUUUGUUCAUGUUGUAUUUGCAAACUAGAUCAUUAUAACGACUAUAGAAUUUGUGAAAUACUGACUUCAAACGAGACUGUACAUGAGUGUACGUUCAACAGGGUAAGCUUACUCCUCCUUGGCACCUGAUACUACCUCUGGUGUGUCCCAGCUCUCUAUUUUGUAUUGCUUUUGGGAUUUAUGAGAUUGAUCACUGUUCGUUACCUUCACUUUUUGUGAGCUUAACGGACAACACAAAAUUGUUCCCUGACCAAGUAGUGUGUAUACAACGCGGGUAAGUUAAGGCAGGUAAUGGAAAUCUUUACCGGGAUACAACCCGCAAUACAAUUUGACGUCACUAUUGAAAUAAGUAUAUGACUAAAUUUAUAAAUUCAAUUCCGAUUCUAUUUUUAUACAAAUUUUAUUCAUAUACUAGCGGGAAAAAAAGAAAUUGUGCAUUAUUUAAUAUAUGAAAUAAUAAUAAAAAAUAACAAUGAACAAAUUUUAUUUUUUGUAAUACUGUUAGCAAAUGUAUUCGUUACAACAUUUCAUAAUUCAUUAAUGUUAACGUGGAAUAACGUCAAUUUCAGCACACUCGAAAGACACUGGUAUUCGAACUUGAAUUAACAACGUUAAUAACGCAUGUGACCACCAUUUGCAUUCACGCAUGCCUGACAACGGCGCCUCAUUGAUGCCACUAAAGUGUUCAGAAAUGAUUGAGGAAUGUUUUUACAUAUGUUGGUUAAAGCCUGGCCUAAAUCAGCCAAUGUCACUGGUUGAUUUGGUAAACGGCGUAGACGCCGUUCCAUUUCAUCCCAGAUGUGCUCGAUCGGCGAUAAAUCGGGGAAAACAGCUGGUCAAGGCAAGACAUCAACAUUCUGUUGAACAAAAAGUCCCUGACUACAUGUGCAACAGGUGGCCUUGUGUUGUCUUGCUGCAGAGUGAUGUGAUUUUGCUUUCUCUGUAUGAAGGGUAUCAUAUGACGCUGAAUAAUUUCGUCUCGAUAGCGUACGCCGGUGAGAUUUCCAUUGACAAUUUGUAGAGGGGUCAUUCCACGUGCUGUUAUUCCACCCCACACAAUAACGCUACCUCCACCAAAUUGUCGACGUUGCACAACACAAACGUCCUGGUACCGCUCCUCAACGCGACGAUACACUCUACAACGGCCGUCACUGCUAUUCAAAUGAAAUCUGGAUUCAUCAGUGAACAGAAUAUUGGUCCAUUCCUGUAUUCAGAAUUGCAGAUGUCGUCUGCACAACGCUAGUCUAGCGAUACGGUGACGUUGAAGCAGUAUUGGGCGCACCGCUGGACGUCUUGGUCUGAUGUUGUGCUCACGCAAACGAUUACACACAGUUCUUGGACUGAUUGAUCGAAGUCCAGGAAUGCUACGAGCAGUCAAACUUGCUGUCUGGAAACGAUUUUUCAGGUGCACAAGUCUAAUGUGGUUGUUCUGUCGACACGACGUCACAUGAGGACGCCCAGAACGUGGUCGAUCCCGAGUGCUACCAGAUUGUUGGAAACGUCUCCAUAAUGACUGGAUGGUGUUCCGAUGAACACCAAAGUGUGUUGCUACAAUAUUUUGUGCCAUUCCAGCUUGAAGCAUCCCAACAGCACGAUUACGUUGGUUUUCGCUAAGUCGUGGCAUGACAGAAGGGUAAAUUUUGUCAAAACCAAAGUGCUUUCCUUAACGGAUAGUGUCCAAACAAACCUUUUACACCUCUUACUCCAAACAGUAUUGGCUAGUAAAACUCGUUAGUAUGAACAUUUUAAUAAACAACAUGUGUUCACUAACCAUGAAAGAGUCGCACCAUCUGAGUCGGGUACUAUCCGAUAUUGUUAAAAAAACAUCACCUUUAUCGAUUGUUUAGAUUUUAUAAAUUAUAUAAACAAUAAAUAUUGAAAAAUUAUACUAAAUUUUCUAGUGCACAGUUUCUUUAUUCCGCUAGUAGACAUAAAAUAAACCAUGCACAUACUAAUAUAGAAAGAAAUAUAAACUGUCAUACUACUGUACUCUAAUGUGUGUCUCAACAAUAUCAAAGUACACCGAUGAGGUCAUAACGACAAAGACUUUGUUAACUGUGUCAUGUAAAUAUCCACAAAAUACAUAUAUUUUUUAUUUAGACUGAUCACGUGGUUCGGUAUCAAGUAGUUUUAUCAAAUAUACCUGCAACAUUGAGGUCAUCAAUAAAUUUUGAUAUUGCAAGGGCACACACAGGUAAAUUUUUGUGUUGUUCUAUGUAAAAGUUAUACGGUACCAAUUUUGAUGCACCAGGUGCGCAUUUCGACAAAUAAUGUCUCUUCAGUGAUGCUCAAGCCGAAAUUUUCGAAAUUCGAAAUGACAAAAAACUUGUGAGAGCUAAAAGGAUAACUAGAGUGUCAAAAAAAACUGGAGCCAAAUUCGUUCAAGGAUCAGGGCUAUGCGUGAGGGAGAUAUCAUCCUUAAUUUUGAAAUGAAUUUCUAAAUUUUAACGCUGUAAUUAAAUAUACAUCCGUAUUUUCAAGUAACGAAGUACUUAGCUACUGGACUGUAGAGACCCUCGGGGACUAACAGUCCACCAGCAGAGGCCUCGAUCCAGGGGUCAUAAUGUAAAAGUUAUACGGUACCAAUUUUGAUGCACCAGAUGCGACAAAUAAUGUCUCUUCAGUGAUGCUCAAGCCUAUUUAGAAAUAUAAUAGAGUUUAUGAAAUAAACUAAUUUUUGGCAAACUGUAGGCUUGUAUAUCUUAUUAGAGUUAUCUCUCUUGUACUGUUCAUGUUUAGCGCAAGGGGAGGUAAUUUUGAUUGUUGGGUUAAUCAACUUUGCAUAUAGAGGGCGCAUAUUGGCGCAUUCUAGAAAUUUCUAAAUUAAUGGCUGGACAAGUCCAAAGUAAACAAAAUUUCCCCACCUCCCACCCUGAUGCAUAAUUUGUUAAUUGAGGGGGGGGAGAUAUGCUAAUAGUCUAGUUGGCAGUUGAUCGAUGAAACUUGAGAUGAUGUUGAAGCUAGUUAAUUUUUGAUAAAGGGGGUGUUAAGUUCCCCAUCUUUGGUGGGCCAUAUAAUUGUGGGUAUUAAAUGUAUGUUGAUUGUGAUGUUUCAUCAUGUAUAUCUUGUUUAUUAUUGGUUGUAUUUACCAUUGCAUAUUAUCUGUCAUUUACAUUAAUAAAUGACAUUUUUCACAU